GUUUUCUUGCUGGCUCAGACUCCCCGCACAUUUCUCCCAAUCUCGGACUCUAGGAUCAGGUGUUUGCAUUUCAAUAUGUUCAAAAUUACAUUCACCUCUUUGGCAGAGACAACAAUGCGGUGACUGUUAUGGGAGAGUCAGCGGGAGCAGGAUCCAUUCUUUACCAUCUUACCUCACCUGGGGUUUCAUCUCUUUCGCUAUCUAAAAAGACCAUCGUGCAGAGCCCAUAUAUCUACUACAUUUCAAAGUUUCAGCAGGAAGAAACAUUCCGCCAGGUCUUACAAGCCUCGAAUGUGUCUUCGUUGGUUGAACUUCAAACUCUGCCCACUGAGAACCUGCAGACUGCCAAUGGCAUUGUUGUGGGUAACUCUCGGCCUUGCGGCACCUUUGGGUUUGGCCCUGUAUUAGAUGAUGAUCGCUACACGGAAUAUCCUCCCUUUCUUUUGCAUCAACGACAAUUUGAUCACUCGAUACAAGUGAUGGGAGGCCACAACUCGAACGAAGGCCUCUUGUUUGCGUCCCCUGUCAUCCACAACAAAAGCCAAUUCGACUUGAAUAUCGCCCUCCUGUUUCCUCAAGCAUUCGGGUCUGCGCUGUCGGCCAUCGAGCAAACGCUGUACCCAGCCAUCUUUGAUAGAUCAUUUGGCUACGUGAACCAACUGGGCCGCAUAGCCCGCGUAAUUGCAGUCGCCCCCAUUACCUGCAACAACUAUUUCAUAGACAAGGUAUUUGGACCCCUCAAUGCCAGCUUCGCUUAUCAAUUUUCUGUACCGCCGGCAUGGCACGCCAAUGACCUGGGAUAA